AUGAAAAACGUCAAACAGAAAAUUACAAAUUUUAAGGAACUGGCGAAGCAACUAGAGGCAUGUGUGCAUCAUGACUCGACGGAUAUUGAUGUGAUGCGAGAAAUAUACAGAGAAUGUAAAAAAGAUUUACUUAUAUUAGAAAAAUUAACACUAGAGGCACUAGAAAGGGGGAAUGCAAAUUUGUUCGAGCAAUUAGUAGAGGUUUCUACCCAAGUUAACAGAGCAGUUAAACUUUUCGAUAGUUUUGAGAAAAACAAAAAAGAUGGAAAUAGGAGAUAUUCAGAAGUAGGUGACAAAACAUUUAUGAACAACAAUAGGAGGUACAUGUCAAAAAAAAAAAAACAUCAUGAAGGGGAAAAACAGAAUGAAAAAAAAGGAAGAAAAUAUAAAAGCACAGAUGAAGAAAAUGAAAGAGAAAGAAAUCGAAGUAGAAGUAGAAGUAGAAGCAGGAGUGGAAGUAGAAGCGGAAGUAAAGGUAGAAGUAGAAGAAAAGAACGUGAAAAGAAAAAAAAGAAGAAAAAAAAAGAAAGAGAAAAAAGAAGAAAUUAUCUAAGUGAUGAUAUUAGUAGAGAAAAAGAUAUUCAUGAUAAAGGUAUGUUUAGAUCAAUGUCAAUAGAUUCAUUUAAUAAGGAUAUCGGUAUCCCUAAUGAUACCAAAAUUUUAAGCAGUGACAUGGAUGAAAAUUUCAAUUACCCAAAUGUAAAGGAUAAUAACAGGAGGAAAAAAAAAAAAAAAAAGAAAGAAUUAUAUGAGAACAAAUUCAAAUUUGAAAGUUUAAAUAGUAAUGAAGAUGAUUUUUUAAAUAAGAAUAUAAUGGAAUCAAUAAAUGAUUUCAAGUUAUCAAAUAAAUUAUCCAAAAGUAAAACAAGUAACCAUGAUAAACAGUUAACUUCAAGCAGUUUAUUAGUUAUAAUAAUUCACAUAUCUGAUAUAAUAAACGUUUCGUUCAAUAUAAAAAAUGUUUUUAUAUAUUUAACAUUAAAAUCAUUAGAUAAUAAAAUAAAUAUAAGAAAGAAAAGUAGAAGUAAAAAUGUGGAGAAUUUUUCUAUAAACGUAUCAGAAUUGUUCGAGUUUUCUAUUUUUUAUAACAAUCAGUUGUAUUUAUCAGUUGAUAUAUUAGAUAGCAUAAAUAAUUGUCGUUAUUACACUUGCUUAAUAAAUCUAAAUAAAAAUAUAUUAAAGAAAACUAAAUUUUUUGUACCCACAGCGUACUUAUUAACACAAGUUACCGACAAUUUUUAUCCUAAUCAAGAAAUUAAAAAUAAUAAAAGUUUUUUUAUGAACAAUGAUUCUCUUUUUCCAAGUUCAAAAUUUAGAUAUGAUAAUAGCAACAAUGGAAACACUAGGAAUUUUAAUUUUACAAAACCUAUUAUUAAUGAUUUCUCAGGGAUAAAUGAUCAUUUAACAAAUCGAAAAUUGAGUAACCAUACUAUGAAUAAUUAUAAUUCUACUCGUAGCAAUAACAAGAACGUUUUAAAUUUUAAAAACUUCAAUUUUACUACCAGCAGAAGUUUGAAUAACCCCAACGUGAGCAACUUCAAUUUUACUAGCAGAAAUUUGAGCACUCCGAACAUGAGUAACUUCAAUUUUACUAGCAGAAAUUUGAGCACUCCGAACAUGAGUAACUUCAGUUUUACGAGAAAAAAUUUUAACCUUACAAAUCCUAUCUUCAGCGACCCUUACUUCAGCGACCCUUACUUCAGUGACCCUAGUUUCAGUAACCCUAACUUCGGUAACACUAAUUUUAAUAGUUCUAACUUCGGUCAUCUUAACUUUAAUAACUUAAACUUCAACCGUAGCAACUUCAACCGGAACAAUCGCAGCUUUGAUAAUAAUUUUAACAAGGGAGUGAUGAAUGGAGACGUGGGUAUGAGUAAUUUUAAUAAGCUGAACAAUGCAGAUAGUUUCGAUAAAAUGAGAACGUCCAGCAAUGGGAUGAUGAAAGGAAGUAGGAUUGAAAAUGAAAUAGAAAAGAAAGAAGAAUUAAACAAAAGAGAAAGGAAUUUUUCGAGUAACUAUUCCUAUAUAAUAAUGAAUAUAUUUUUGAAAAAUAAUGAUUUUGAUCAUGAGACGGAAUUAUUAAAACAGAAUAAUUUAAAUCUAUACAAGCAGUUAUAUAAUGUAUGUAAUAAGGAGAAAGUAUUUUAUGAAAAUAAAAAUAAGGAAAACGAAAGAAAAAUUGAAGAACUGGAUAAAUUAGUAAUGCUGCUAGAAUUAGAUAAUGAAAGUUACAUAGAUGCAAAUAGUAAGUUAAAAGAAAUAAUAGAAUCGAAUAAAGAAAUAAUUACAGUUAUAGAAAAUAUUGUACAAAAAAAAAAUAGUAAAAUAGAAAAAUUGGAAAAAGAAAAUGAAAAAGUUGUAGAAGCUGAAAAAUUAAUUGAGAAAAAUAAAAAAGAAAAUGAUCAUUUAUCAGAACAAAUUACUAAGUUAAAUGCUAUUUUUAAUGAACAUAAAUUAAAAUUAAAAUAUUCAAGUGAAAUUAAUAAUAAUCUUAACAGCAAGGUAAAUAAUUUGCUAUUUCAGUUGCAAAAUGCACAGAUGAAAAAUGAAAAGCUCUUGUUAUAUCUAUCCUUUUUAUUAAAACAUAUACACAAGAAUAGUUAUAACGAGUAUGAAAAAAAUUCUUUAAGUUUAAUGAAACUAAAAAAAAUUAAUUGGAACUUAGAAAAUUCCACAACUAACAGCUACAACCACUUACUCGAUGACAUAAUAAAUAAAUAUAAAUAUGUAAAGAAAAACUCUAAUUUUAAUGAUAUAUUUGUGAAAAAUUAUAUCAAAAAUCAAAAGAGGAUAAAUGUAAGUCCAAAAAUUUUAGAGAAAUUUUUUGCUGUUCAUAACAACGAGCAAGAACGAAAUAAUUAUGAUUGUGAUGACAACAACAUUUUGGAUAAUAGUCUUAAUGAGAAGAAACAUUUUUUUAAAAAUGAUGAUGGUCAUGAUGAUUAUGAUGCUUCCGUUACCGAUACAAAGGAAUCCGUAGAUGAAGAAAAUGAUUUAUUAGUUGACAAUUUUUUAAUUGAGGAAUAUAAAAAAUAUUUGACUUCGACCAGUACUAAGGAGAAUAGAAGAAAAGACGACAGUAGUGAUUUCGCUGACUUGAUCGGUUAUGACAACUUUCUUACAAACGUACGAAAAGAAGAAAGUGAAAAAAAUGAAAAGAAUAGCAAUAGUCAACUUCACCACAACAUGUUAACAAAUAAUCAAAGUGAUCGAUUCAUUUUUAAUAUGAAAAGAGUGGAUGAAGUUCAAAAAGAAGAAAAGAAAGGAGAGAAAAAUAAAAAAAAGAAUUAUCCUUUUAAUGUACCUAAUGAUAAUAAAAAGAAUGACAAACAUAACCAUAUGAAUGGUGUCAACUAUUUUCAAAUAGCGAAAGAUGAUAGAAUAAUUCCUGGUGAUAAUUUAUAUAAAGCGUUUAGAGAUGACUUAGAUGUCCAAACGAAUAAUAGCACUUUUUCAUUUUAUUUAAAAAGCCGUGAGCAAAUGAACUUUUUAAAGAAUAUAAAUAAAAAGAAAAAAAAUCAAAACUAUAAAAAUAAACAUUUAAAAAAAGGGCAUAGUAAGGAACAAUUAGAAAGUAAGAUGCAUAACCACAAGGAAAAAAAGAGCAACCACAAAAAAAAUACCACCAGUAGUUCUAGUAGUAGUAGUAGUAGUAGUAGUAAUAGUGAAAGAAUUAACAACAAUAUUAACAAAUACAAUUGCAAUCAUCGUAUGUCUUCUUUGGAGAAGGAAAAAGUAUAUAGGAAAAAAAAAAUUUUAAUUAACAAUAGAAAAAAUAAUAAUAUUAAUCAUGCUAAAAAAAAAAAAAAAGGUAAAAGCCCUCAUUUAUUUAGGGAAAAUUACACUGUUAACAACUGUGAAAUGUUGAGCGACUCAUAUCAAGGGGAGGGAAGUUCAUCCGAAGUGACGAAUAAGAAAAAAAAAAUAAAGAAUGUAGUGAGUGACAGUUAUAUAAAGGACAUUCGUAAAGGUCGAGGAAAAAAACUUAAUAAAGAAAAGAUCACUUGCUACUGGAAUAAUGAAAUAAUGAAUAAACAUGAAGGAAGAGAAGACGCAACAGAAGACGAUAAAGGAGAAAGGAACAAGGAUCAUCAAUUAAGGAAAAGUGCAAUUUCGCAUAAACACAAACGAGUAAACACGUUGAGCAAAAAAACAACCAAUGACUAUUUUAGUGAUUAUAAAAGGUUUGAAAAGAAAUUUAAUUACUUUGUAAAGGUUUCAAGAAAUAUUAAAGGAAGUCUCAUGUCAAAUAGCAGUGAAAAAAUUGGUUAUGUUAUAAAUUUGAAUAGGAAAAGCUAUUUUACCAAUUUAGAAAAAAUAAUUAAUAAGUGCAAUAAAAAAGAACAAAAAAUAUCAUACUUAGACAAUUAUAUAAACACAAGAAUAAAAUCCAACUUUUUAUCAGAUGAAGAUAUUAAUAAACAUAAAAAUCUUCUGAGAAAUUUUUAUACAAAAAAUACCAAGGGCCUCAUUUUUGAAAACAACCUUGUUAAGAUUUAUGCGAAGCUUUAUUAUGCUAACGUUUCCAAGGGUGAAGAACUAUAUAAGGGGAAAGGAAGCACAGAAAAGCAUAAUAAUACUAACGAUGAUGACGUAAACGUUAGAAGAAACUCAAAUGCUAGCAGCAACAUAAACGCUAGCAGUAACGUAAACGCUAGCAGUAACGUAAACGCUAGCAGUAACGUAAACGCUAGCAGUAACAUAAACACGAACAACAACGUAAACGCUAGCAGCAAGGUAAACGCUAGCAGCAAGGUAAACUCGAACAAUGUAAACUCUAGCAAUAAAAGUAAUAAUGCUAAGCUGAACAAAGCAGAGGGAGAAAUAAAAGAAGAAAAUGUGUACUUGAAUAUAUACAUAAAGUCGAUUUUAUAUAACAUUAUUUACAUUAAAAGUAAUCUAAGCGAAAAUAGAAUGGAUAACAUUAAGGUAGUUAAAAGGAAUUUGAAAAAGAAUUAUAACAAAGUAAUAGAAGAAAAUGAUUAUAUUAAUUUAAAAAAGAAUGAAAUAUGUUUAUUAUAUACACUAUGUUUCAAAAAAAAACUCCUACAUAAUUUGCCAUUAUUUUUGAAUUUGCAAUGUUUAUAUAAUGAUAACACUACCAUCGAAUUCAAAGUUGCCUUGCCAUUUCCUCAUCUGUUUUUACUCAAGCCAAAUAGUUUAUAUUUAAAUAAUUUUGUAAAAAGGUUCCCAGAUAACAAUAAAUAUUAUUACAAAUCUUAUUAUUAUAGUAUGGUGGGCUUUUCAACUUUUAAUGAAUUUAUUAAUUCCAUAAAAUUAUAUAACUCAUUUAAUGUUUUGCACUUUGAUUCAUACAAUAUAUUAUUUAGUACCUAUCCAGUUGAUAAAAAAAAUAAGCUACUUUUAUUAAUUGUUUGUGAUUUUGUUAAAAAGAAAUAUGCAACUUCCAAAGACGCAGUAAAGUUGCAUUUUAUAUCUGUAUCCUAUACCUUAAUUAGUUUUGCCGUUAAUCUAUUUAAGCAAAUUUUAUAG